AUGAACAACGUUAAUAUGGGUGGCAUGAAUGCCAUGGGUGGUCCAGUCGGCGGAGGGAUGCCCAUGAUGAACAACGGCGCAGGUGGAGCCCGACAACCAAUGCCGCCGAAUAACAACGACCAGCGAUCGCAACUCAACACCUACAUCUACGAAUACUUCCUCCGAAAUGGGAUGUACGAUUGUGCGAGAUCUCUUCUCAACAGCGAACAGCCCAUAAAUGUGGAGAAGGAUAGUCCUGGCCGCCGUCGCGAAAAUGGUACUGGCGAUGAAGGAGGAGAUGGAGAUAACAAAGACGACAUCGACUCCAAGCAACCAAAUGACUUGCCAAACCCAGCUAUCCCCAAGGAAUGCCCAGAAAGCUGUUUCUUGUACGAAUGGUGGUGUCUAUUUUGGGACAUGUUCAAUGCCCAGCGUGGAAAGGGUGAUGCACGCAGCGUCUUACAAUACGUCACGCAUACACAGGGUCAAUCACGACUUAAGCAAGAACAGCAGCAACAGAUGCUGCGCGGAUUGAGAAACGAUAUGACACCGCAGCAGUAUCAGCAAUUGAUGAUGAGAAACUCUGCUGCAGGUAAUGGCAUGAACUUGAAUCAGAAUGAAUUGAGGCACAAGGCCAUUCAAAAUAACAAUCGAAAUGCUACCCCGCAGCAAUUGCAAAUGCUUCAAGCCCAGCAGCAGGCUCAGAAGCAGCAACAGAUGCAGCGUGAUCCAUCAGAGGGAAAUAAUCAGCAGCGCCCACAAUCCCCUGGAUCCGCAGAGAAUGCACCGUCUCCUUCGAAACGUCCUCGUCUUGACGGAACCCCGUUCAACCCACAACAAGUGCCAAAUGGAAGAGGACAAGCUGGAGGAAUGCCCCAACAGGUGGGAGAUACUGGCCCCAGCAAUGCUAUUCAAGCGGCUCAUAUGCAGCUUACCAAUGGCAUCGAACCAAGUAAUCUGACAGCUCAGCAGUUCCAGAACAUGCCAGGCGGUCCAAAUGCUCAACAAGCCAGACUCGCCGGAUACCAGCAAAAUCUCGCCCAGCAGCAAGCUGGCCAAAUGCCCGGCGUUAAUAAGCCCAUGCCAAACCCCGGUGGUCCCCAGAAUCAGGGCUCACCAAUGAUGACCCAAGGCCAGGAUGGCGCGGCAAUCGCCAACUACUAUAAUCCUCAAGACCCGAACAGAAUGCAGGGUCCAGGUGGUGCACCUGGUGGUAGCGGCGGAAACCAUGCUCUGCAAGAUUAUCAAAUGCAACUAAUGCUCCUAGAGCAGCAGAACAAAAAGAGGCUCAUGAUGGCGCGCCAAGAGCAAGAUAACAUGAUACCACGACCUGAAGGAGGACAGGGCGGUGGUCCUGGUCCAGUAGGACCUAACGGACAGCCAUUCCAACAAGGGACCUCCCCUCAAGGUCCUCGUUCGGUGAACUCGCCUAAUCCAGGUGAUCAAAUGAAGCGCGGUACUCCUCACAUGAACAAUGCUGGCAUGCCAUCGCCUCUUCCAGAAGGGCAAUCUCGAGGUUCUCCAAGUAAUGGAAUGAACUUCAACCUUCCUGGCGGUCAAAUGGAUCCAAAUAUGAAUCCUCAGUACUUCAAGAUGAAUGGUAUGGAUCCUAACAUGGCCGGUGUCAUGCCUAAUGGCAUGCGUCCUCCAAGCUCUCAUCCAGGAGGGUUCAACGGCCAAAUGACCCCACAGCAAAUGGCUAUGGCUCGUCAGCAACAACAGCAAGUCCAGAACUGGCAGGGACCUAACGGCCAAAUGAUGCCACAACCUGCCUCAGGAGGAGCUCCACAACAGAAUAUGGGUACACCGCAACAGCGAGCUAUGCCGCCGCCAUCCGCCCCAGCAGCCAACCCAGCAGCGAAUGGUAGAACGCAACCUCCAUCGCCGCAACAGAACCCAGCACCACCGACGCCGUCGCAGACCAAUAAGGCCAAUCCAAAGAAGAAGGCAGAGUCAAAGGACAGUAAAGCAAAGCGGGCUACAAAGAAGGGAUCUACCGCGAACCUCAAUGCAGGUGCCACACCGUCUGCCGACGCCGAAAAUGCUGGGGCAACGCCGACGCCCGCGACUCCCAUUACCCCGGUCCAUCCGAAGAGCUUCCAAAAUGGAGCAGUCCAGCCUGUUACGAACGGUCAGGCUCCCGCGCCAGCUGCGAACGCCGGGGUUGUUCCCCAACAGCCCGAUCCUCUGCAAGGCGGUGCUCUUACCUUCGAUUCUUCUGCUUUCGAUUUCCAGGGUGGUAUGGACUUUGCAAAUCCUGGCAAUGGCAACAUGGAUGUGCUCCAGGACUUCGACUUCGACUCCUUCUUGCAUCAAGAUGGAGAAGGUGUUGACCAAUUCAACUUCGACUCGGCCGCAUUCCUUGAUGGGAACGAGAUUGGCGCAGAGUGA